AUGUCCGAACUUCCCCUGGGUGCUGCGUACCACGGCGCUACUGCUGAGGCGCUUGAGCUUGCGCGCAAAGAAGCUGGUGAUGCUUAUCUGCCCAGCGUCUUCAACCCCGGCACGCUCUCCAAGAAAGGGCCGCUGCGUGUUGCCAAGGACCGUAUCAGUGCGAAGUACUCGGCGGACGGCAAGCCCGGUUUCGACAUUUACUAUGAACUGCACGGCACGGGCCCCAAGCGCAUCUCCCUGCUCAUGGGCCUGAACAACUCGUGCUUCGGGUGGCUCGACCAGGUCGAGGAGUUCGGCGCGGACCCGGAGUACUCGGUGCUUGUGAUUGACAACCGCGGGUACGGCAACUCGCAGGCGCCGUACAUGCGCUACACCACCUCCGAGUUCGCCAAGGACGUGCUCGAGGUGUACGAGGAAAUUGGAUGGACGCAGGACAAGAGCGUCAACCUCGUCGGUGUGUCGAUGGGCGGCAUGAUUGCGCUCGAGCUGUCGCGCAUGUGCCCCGAGCGCUUCCACUCGCUGCUUCUGCUGAGCACGACGGCGGGUGAGCGCCACAACCUGCCUCCGUACCGGGGCGUGCGCGCGAUUACGCUCAGCAUGACCGAGCAGAUCCUUGGCUUUGGCAAGCCGUCCGACCGCGUGUACCGCAUCAUCGAUGUGCUCUUCCCCCCCGAGUGGCAGGAUGCCAAGAGCGAGCGCGAUCCUUCGCGCACGAAUCGCGAGGUUGUGCGCCCCCAGUUCAUGUGGCGCUUCGGCUUUGCGCAGCGGCCACAUCCCCACGGCGCCAUCUCCCAGAUUGCCGCCGGCCUGACCCACCGCGUCUCUGAAAAGGACCUGGCCAAGAUCGACCAGACGAUUCCCAAGAUCUGUAUCCUCACCGGCGACUGGGACAACCUAGUCGACCCGUCUCACUCCAAGUACAUGAAGUCCAAGAUGCCCCAUGCUCAGUACGAACUCUGGCCGGGCGCCGGCCACGCCAUCCAUGUGCAAUACGCCAAGCGGUUCAAUGCCAUGCUCCGCGAAUUCACCCAGUAG